UAUCUAACCAUCCUGCUCGGGGCAGGGAUGCUUGCUUUUGUCGGUGCAAUUAUUUGCAUCAUUGCAAGCAUCGCCCCGGGUUCCCCGGGAGCUGUCCCCGGUGCUGGGGAUGAAGAGGGAGCCUCAGACGCCACUGAAGGAGGCGCCGGAGCUGUCCAUGGUCCUGAAGUGGAUCGCCCCCGUCCCACCGCGGCGAGCAAAGCCACUGUUUUCCAAGCCGAGACCGGCAAAGGCUCCCUGGGCUCCGAGCUCGGUCAAGGGUCCGUCCUGGGCGCGGAUUCAGACAUAGGCACCACCAGCCGCUUCCUCUGCCUGCCCUUAGCCCAGGACUGCCCUUCUCCAUCGAUCAGGGAAGACCUCCUGCUGUUGAGGAGCACAGCGGACCAUCUGCGCCAGAUGGUCAUUCAACAGGAGCAGCAGAUUCUCAAUGACCAGGAGACCAUCAGGGAACUGACCGGCAAACUCAGCCGGUGCGAGAGCGGCCAGGAAUUGGACUCAUUCCAAAAUAACCCCGAGGAAUAUGCGUGGGACGCCGCACGGAACAGCUUGGAAGAUGGCAGUGAGGAUUCUGAGCGGACGGUGCAGGAUCUGGAACACUCUGUCUACUCCUUAAAGAACAACAUUGAAAAGCUGGAGGGGCAGCUGCUGGCUCGGGGCAAUGUUUCCUCCAUGUUUGCACUCUCUGGCCAAUCCCGGGGUCAUAUCUACCUGCAGAUCCAGGAGCUGGAAGCUCAGCUGCUCUCCAAACUCUCAGACCUGGAGAAAGAACGAUCCUUACUGCAGAACAAGAGUGACCGUCAGAAGCAUCUCCUGGAGGAACAACUGGAGUCCCUUCACCAACGUAUUGACAAAUUGGAAAAAGAAACAGCUGUCUAUAAGUUGCAAGAAGGUUACAAAAUCUCAUUCCCGGUGAGAACGAACUACAUGUAUGCACGAAUGAAGCAGAGCCUGCCAGAGCUUUCUACACUGACUGUCUGCCUGUGGCUGAAGUCUAAGGCCACUGUGGGCAUUGGAACCCCAUUCUCAUACGCAGUUCCUGGGCAGGUGAAUGAACUGGUCUUACUUGAGUGGGGCAAGAAUCCCAUCGAGCUGCUGAUCAAUGACAGGGUGACCCGCCUCCCUUUGGAGAUUAAAGAUGGAGAAUGGCAUCAUGUAUGCAUUACUUGGACAACCAGGGAUGGUGUGUGGGAGGCAUACCAAGAUGGCAAGCAGCAAGGAUUGGGGGAUAAUCUGGCUCCUUGGCACUCCAUCAAACCAGGCGGGACUCUAGUCCUUGGGCAGGAGCAGGAUGUGGCUGGGGGAAGUUUUGAUGCUACACAAGCUUUUGUUGGGGAGUUGGCAGAAUUCAACGUAUGGGACCGGAUUCUAACUCCAGUGGAGAUCCAGAGCAUUGCCAACUGCUCCACCAGCAUCAUGGGCAACAUCAUCUCAUGGGAGGGCAGCAGCACCGAGCUGUUUGGGGGGGCUACAAAGUGGCCCUUCCAGAGAUGUCGUGAGAAUAAAGACUCAGAGCAGGAUUAA